GGUUUUGUAGUUUGGUAGUUGGUGGUUUGGGUGACUGUGUACUAAAAAGUUGUGUGUUCAAGUUAUCUCUCCUUUUCCGUGGCCACCUCUUCGACACAAACUAACACCAUGCCCACUGACGCACAAGCCGAUGCUCGCUCCUUCCUGAGCGAGGAGAUGAUUGCUGAAUUCAAAGCAGCCUUCGACAUGUUUGACACUGACGGUGGUGGGGACAUCAGCACCAAGGAGUUGGGUACGGUUAUGAGGAUGCUAGGUCAGAACCCCAGCAGAGAGGAGCUGGAUGCCAUCAUUGAAGAGGUUGAUGAGGAUGGAAGUGGCACCAUUGACUUUGAGGAGUUCCUGGUCAUGAUGGUGCAGCAGCUAAAGGAAGACCAGGCUGGCAAGAGCGAGGAGGAGCUGUCUGAAUGCUUCCGUAUCUUUGACAAGAAUGGUGAUGGUUUCAUUGACCGUGAGGAGUUUGGAGAGAUCUUGCUCGCAACUGGGGAGCCAAUCACAGAGGAGGAAAUUGACGAACUAAUGUCAGAUGCUGACAAAAACAAUGAUGGCAAGAUUGACUUUGAUGAGUUCCUGAAAAUGAUGGAGAAUGUACAGUAGUUUAAAAAACACAUUCUGCAGCUGCCUCAGUUUAGUAACUCUUAAAAUCCCUCCCACAUGUACACAGAAUUACACAACAAUUCUGAUGGAAUGAUCCAGGAAUUCGUUUUCCAAACAUUUUAGAACGACAGCGGGGAAUUUACAAGAGAACUGAGCAUCAAAGCUCUCUACCAUGAUGGCUAUCACUCUCUCUCUCUCUCUCUCUCUCUCUCUCUCUCUCUGACAUUGUGGCAUUCUGAGGAUGUGUAUAAAUAGCUAUGUCUCCCUUUUAAGGGAAAAGCAGCUGUCCUGUUUACAUCUGCCACUGUUAACUACA